GCGAGAUGCCUCGGUAGCUCAGGGUUAGGACCCUUUGUGCACCCCUCCUUCCCCGGCACGACCUGAAAGGGUGACGCACUGACCAUGCAGAGCUCGACGGCAGUGAAUGGGGCCCUGCAGGCCUUUCGUCACCAGCCAGCCACUGGUGUCAUGGCCAACUUUCCCAGCUUGGGAUCCCAGAACUUUUCCCAUCUUCCACGACACUCACAACUCGCACGAGACCACGUCUUUCAGCCAAGCCUGCUUUGUUCCAGCAGCCCGGACAGCACCGCACUCUGGCAACAGCGUCAACAACCACCACAACAACAUCCGCCUCGCCUACAAGCGCUGCAGCUGCUACACCAAUUCUUUAUCAACUGAGGGUCCCAUUGAUUGAUCGUUGAGUCAAUCCCAAGCCCACCUCAAAGAUGGCUCCCCCACCCCCGGCAACCAUGCCUCUGCCACAACGCCUGGCAACUGUCGCCCAAACCCUACAGUUUGCCUGGUUUGUUGGGCAUCUCACGCUGAUUCUCUCCGUCGUACGCUACUCGCUAUCAUGGAUUCGCAUGAACUACUAUGGCCGCAUGGCCCAGUUCUCUUACCGCCUAGCCUUCAUCGCCGCCAUGGUGACCUACGGUAUCGUCGUCUACAAGACCCUGCGCGCUCGCGCCAAGGCCGGCAUGAAGUUUUCUCCCCAGGUCGCCUUUUCUCUGAUUGCCGACGAGAACGUCCAGUAUUUCCUCCUGGCCUUCGUGUGGCUGCUGGCCCCUCAGUACCCGAUCGCCCUGCUGCCAUACAGCGUCUACUCCAUCUUCCACUUUGCAACCUACACGCGCUCCACCGUCAUCCCGACCAUCAUCCCACCUACCCAAGCUGCGCCCGCGGCCGGUGCCUCCCCCAGCGCGAAGCCCCAGUACACCACCCACCCCAUCGCCGACGCCAUCGGGAGCUUCGUCAAGGAGUACUACGACACGUCUAUGUCCGUUGUCUCGAGCCUUGAGAUUGCCCUCUGGGGUCGGCUGUUCCUGAGCGCCAUUCUGUUCCAGCGUAGGAGCUGGAUCCUUCUGGUCAUCUACACUGCCUUCCUCCGCGCUCGCGUUAACAACAGCACCCACGUGCAGGGCUCCUUCGCCAGGCUUGAGGCCCGCGUCGAUAACCUCGUCGGUGCCCAGGGGACACCACCUGCCGCCCGUCAGGUCUGGGAUGGCAUCAAGGGAGGUGCCAGGGCCUUCCACUCGGCUACCGAUCUCAACAAGUACGCCAAUGGCGCUGCUGUGCCCAAGAAGACGUCGUAAACUGCAUCGCCCACGGGCAACGGAAGACCACAACCAGCGCCGUUGGUCACAGGGACGGCAGGCAGCUAGACGUCUUGUUUGCGCGCCGGCGGAUAACGUCUUGACUUUUGUUGAUUGGCUCAACCAGAUUGGGUCUCCGCAGUCUACAGAAUACGACAUCACCAACAUAACUUUGAGAAGGGGUACGAAUAGGAGGCUGUGGGCAGAUGCAGCACCGCGGACCGCGGAUGGAUGAGAUGGAGAAUAGGGGACGUCAAGUCAGUAUACGUGUUUCCGCUAUAAUGAAUCCGACGAUGGGAGGACGGCCACGGCUUUGCUGGUGCGCAUGAGCGGGCAUACGGGGGAGUUAACGGGUUCGGGCUGACUGAAGCCUUCUCCGUGUUUUCCUAUGACUGUAGACUCUGUUUUGGCUUUUUGCUUAAGGUAUGACUUGCGGAGUAUGGUCACUCAGUCAGGGAGCAAUGCGUUACUAGAAAAUGAUAUGCUCGAUCGGAACU